UACAACUGUCUCUCUCUCUAAAAACCCUUUUCUGCAACUCCAUUGUUUCUCUGUCUACAAACCCAUUCCAGCAAUUCACUAUAAUGGCUAAAGGAUUAACAAAGCUGAAGUCAGUGAUGAAGAAAUGGCAAUCAUUUGGCAAAAGAUCAUCAAAUGGAAGUUCAAUAGCACAUAAUUCAUCACUAUCAUCUUCAAUAUCUUCAUCAUCAUCUGAUGAUCAACAUCAAAUGUAUAUGGCUCAAGGAGAAGGUGAUCUUCACCCAGUUUACGUUGGAAAAUCAAGACGCCGUUAUCUUAUUAGUUCUGACAUUAUUGAGAAUCCGUUAGUUAGAGAGCUAGUGGACCGUUCAAGUGGGUCAGAUUCUGUUACAGUUGGUUGUGAAGUGGUUUUGUUUGAGCAUUUACUAUGGAUGCUGCAAAAUGCUGACCCUCAGCCUGAAUCUCUUGAUGAAUUAGUUGAUUUCUAUGCUUGUUAAUCAUGAUCAUCAUGAUUGAUCAUUGAGUCAUGAAGAUGAGUUCUUGUGUCUCCCAGUCAAUAAUGUCAAAUGAUUGUAAAUUUUGAGGUUUAAUUAAUUUUAAUAAGAAAAAUGAUUGUAGGAAAAGAAAUGCAGAGAGAUUAAGAUUAGAGUAAGGAUUUAAUUAAAGUUUAAUUAAUACAAUAUUCAUAGUCUUUGUUUAGUUAGAAGGGGCAUUAUGGGGUUUUGGUACUAAUGUUAAAUCCUUGUUUUGUCGAUUCAAAAGAAAUCAAUACACAUGAAAGGAUAAAAUCAUUUAUUUUUCUUAUUUUGUAUGCGGAAAAAAUAUGUAUUCAUGGAGUAAAGCAAAACC